ACAGAGGCACCAUGGUGACUGCACAGAUUCUGCUGCUCACUGUGGUUUUGACCUUGCCCUCUGUGGAGAAUUUAACCUUUAGGAAUCCUAAGUAUAGUGUCUCUCUUGACAAGGUGAGAGUGCUGGGCAGACUGAGUGUGUGAUCUGGGUUUUCAUGGCUUGGAUGACCCAGUGAUGUUGCUGAAAGAUUCAGAUGGACAUCGGAAAUAAGAGAUUCUGGAGAAGUUCAGCCUUCCUUCCAAACCGUGGCUGUGAUGAAUGGAGAUUUUCAUUGUGGCUGUAUGAUCUUUGUGGCCUUCUGGAAUCUCAGCCAAGACGGAGGCAAACAUACCCUAUGGUUAAAGCUGGUAUCCAGCUUCUAGGAAAAUGGUACAUAACCCGAUGGGCAGGAAACCUGCCUAUUCCUACAAAGAAGAAGUUUACUCCAUUGCCUCCCUUCGUUUUUGUCAAAAACGCUAUUGGCAAGCUGGAGUUUAGGAUGAACAUCUCAAAACCCAUUGGUUGUGUUCAGUUCACGAUAUAUAUGGAUCAAGAUAAAUAUAGUCCUAAUGUCUACUACAUCUGGCCAAAUUUCCCGGUCGUCUUUGGAUUCAUUGGUGGGACAGACUUUGCUAUUGCUGCCCAUGCAACCUCUGUCAACAUAGAAACAGAAAAGGUGACAAUGCUCAUGGGUCGAAACAUGUUCCCAAGGCCAACUGUGCUAUUGGAUUUUGAAGAUUUUGUAGAAAGCCUAGUACUGAACAAAACAGAUAUCAUCAACCCUGGAUGUGACGUUUCCUGUGAGUUGUUCAGACAAGCCUAGUGUGUGGAAGAAGUACCCCAGAGUGCACAGAUCUGUAUUCAGCGACUCCUUCACUCAUCCGCUGUCUCUGUAGAUAGAUGCCAGCUGCCACGAGAAGACAUGCCCAAAUCCUCCUUCCCCUCACCCCAAACCUCAGCUUUCAGUAAAGAUGGUAAAUAUUCCCUGA